UGCUAAUAUGCUCAAAAUUUAGCUUGUGGAUCCAAAAUUAAGAUUCAUUUCUAGUGCGCAGCCACAGCUCCUCCCCAGUGAGAGAAGCGCACCACCGUCCACCGCCACCACCGCUUCUCCACCUCUCCACCUUUCCAUUUUUAGUAACUCCACCGUCUCUCGAACUUCCCCUCCCUCUUACCCUUUUUAGUAACUUCCACGCCCUCUAAAAUUUCCGCUUUCUUGCUCUAGAUUUUAUUGGCCAUACAGAAUCCCUAUCCUAUCUGACUUUUGAGGAGAUUAAGAUAUUUAGGUCGGUGUUUCUUAUGUUUUAGAGUUAGGGUUGUCGAUUGGGGAUUUCUGUAUUUGGCCUCUCUGCCAAAAUGGGUUCAUAUUAACUGAAUUGGAAUAAUCAAUUGUUUUUUUUUGUGACAGUUCUAAUUGCCCAUAUAUAGUACGUGCCGUGAUUUGUGCCAGCUUUGGGGACUGCAUAAUUCUGGGCUUCAUCGAGUUGAGGAUUGAAGAGAAGUUAGAUUUUGAUCUGUGGGUAGUGUUGGCACUGCGAUUUUUCAUAAGGGAAGUUUGGGGCCUUUGGUGAAAUUUGAGUUGUUUGUGCUUAUUAUAAGGUAAGAAAGGGGAAUACUUUGAUAGGGCGGAUAAAGUUGGAGCACUGAAAGUGAAACUUCUAUGGAUUUGAGAAAAAAAUUAAGGGUCUUUGUAACCAAAUGAGAGAAGAUAUGAGGGGAGAAUUUCUGUGGAUGGUUCUCUGACGACUUCUUACGCAGUGGGGAGAGUUGUUGGUUAGAUAAACUAAAAUGGAAAACUUAUUCUCAUUGAAAGAGAAGGGAAAGGGUUAUUGGACUUCGCCAAGAGCACAGGCAGAUGGCAUGGCUCCUUCAGACGGUGGUGCAAAGAAUUCAAUUUCAGAGGACAUAUUCAACUCUUUUUCAGAGUUCAUGAAUUUUGAUACAUAUGCUGGUUGGUGCACCAGCCCAUCAGCAACAGACCAGAUGUUUGCCUCAUACGGGUCAUCGUCUUUCCAGUCAACACCCUAUUCAACUUUUGAUGCAUUAAGUUUUGCAGAACAGAGUUGUCUGACCUCUCUUGUUGGUGGAAAUGCAUUAAAUGCUGCUGGGACGUCUUACAGUUCUGGAGACAAAAUGGCAGUUCAGCAAGUGAAUGUUUAUGCAUCAGAUUUGAUGGAUGCUGAUGAUUUAUGUGCAAAAGAGAGGACUGGUGCUCAGCGACAAAUUGAGGAAAUGGCUAAUUGUAUGAUUUCUAGACCUGUUGGGUUCUCACUUGAUGAAAAGAUGUUAAGGGCAUUAUCCUUGUUGAGAGAAUCUGCUGAUGGUGGCAUUUUGGCUCAAGUCUGGGUUCCAAUGAGGCGUGGAGAUCAAUAUAUCUUGACCACCUUUGAGCAACCAUACUUGCUUGACCAGUCUCUGGCAGGGUAUCGUGAAGUUUCAAGAACAUAUACAUUCUCUGCAGAAGUGACGCCUGAUCUUCCCCUAGGGCUUCCUGGUCGUGUGUUCAUCUCUAGAGUUCCAGAGUGGACUUCAAGUGUAGUUUAUUAUAGCAUUGCUGAGUAUUUGCGUGGACAGCAUGCACGCAACCAUAAGGUCCAAGGAUCCAUUGCAUUGCCAAUCUUUGAACCUCCUGAUAAUGUCUGUUGUGCUGUGCUGGAACUUGUCACAGUUAAGGAGAAACCAAAUUUUGAUUCAGAAAUGGAAAAUGUUCGCCUUGCACUUCAGGCUGUAAAUUUAAGAAGCACAGCACCUCCUCAACUUCUUCCUCAGAGCCUCUCAAGGAAUCAAAGAGCUGCCUUAGCUGAAAUAACUGAUGUUUUACGAGCUGUAUGUCAUGCACAUAGCUUGCCACUAGCUCUAACAUGGAUUCCUUGCCAUUACAUGGAGGAAGCGUUUGAUGAAGUAAUGAAAGUACGUGUAAGGGAAGGUAAUUCAAGGUCUUCUGGGAAAUUUGUACUAUGCAUUGAGCGCACAGCUUGUUAUGUGAAUGAUAGAGAGAUGCAAGGUUUUGUGCAUGCAUGUUCAGAACAUUAUAUUGAGGAAGGACAGGGUAUAGCUGGAAAAGCUCUUCAAUCAAAUCAUCCUUUCUUCUUCUCUGAUGUUAAGGCAUAUGAUAUAACCAAAUAUCCACUUGUCCAUCAUGCACGCAAGUAUGGCCUGAAUGCUGCAGUUGCAAUCAGGCUAAGAAGCACAUACACUGGUGACGACGAUUACAUUUUAGAGUUCUUUCUUCCUGUCAAUAUGAAGGGGAGUUCCGAACAGCAACUUUUGUUGAACAACCUCUCUGGUACCAUGCAGAGAAUCUGUAAGAGUUUGAGAACAGUUUCAGAUGCUGAGUUAAAGGGGGGAGAAGGUUCUGCAGUUGAUUUUCAGAAGGGAGCAAUAUCCAGCUUCCCACCAUUGUCGGUUUCUAUAACUAGCUCUCAAACCACAUCAUCUGAAGCUGUCUUAAAUUUGACUGACAAAGUACCUCUUGAUGCAUCUAGUUCCAAAUAUGAUGCAAUGAAAUCAGAUGGUCCUCAUGAACAGAGCUUCAAUGCAUCAAGAAGACAGCCGGAGAAGAAGAGGAGUACAGCAGAGAAAAAUGUGAGCUUAGGCGUCCUUCAGCAGUACUUUUCUGGGAGUCUCAAGGAUGCUGCCAAAAGCAUUGGUGUUUGCCCAACAACACUGAAAAGGAUAUGCCGACAACAUGGGAUCUCUAGAUGGCCAUCCCGCAAGAUAAAUAAAGUGAAUCGCUCAUUGAAGAAGAUACAGACUGUGCUUGACUCUGUUCAGGGAGUGGAAGGAGGACUAAAAUUUGACCCUACCACUGGAGGAUUUGUUGCAGCAGGUUCCAUUGUCCAAGAAUUUGAUUCUCAAAGGAUCUUUCUAUCUCCUGACAAAAACCUUCCUGCUAGAAAUUCCCAAUCUGCUACUGAAGAAGCAGUUUCUGUACCUUCAGUUCCUUGUAUUGAUGGCAGUAAUUCUGCAGUUAAAGUUGAAGAGGAUGAGUUCUGUAUGGACACAUGUGGGGAAGUGCUAAUGAAAUCUAGCAUUCCUGUGAUUGAUUGUAGUGAAGAUUCCAAGUCGAUAGCAACAGAUGCUGAAAUAUGUCAAAAGGGUAGGCUUGGCUGUGGACCUUGGGCUGCUAUGGAUAAUGCCUCUGCAUUUGCAAAAGGAACGAAAGGUAGUCUUAACUCUGGAAGCGCGAAAGUAGACAAUUCAGACACCCACUUUGUGUCUAGAAGCUCAUGCUCCUUGGGUGCUGCUGAGGUGUUGGAUACCAAAGAGGAGGGUGAUGAUGUAAUGGUUGAACAUAACCAGCCUACUUGUUCAAGCAUGACCGAGUCUUCAAAUGGUUCCGGUUCAAUGAUUCAUGGCAGUGCAUCAAGCUCUCCAAGCUUUGAGGAGAAGCAUUUAAAAGUCAAAUGUGAUGAUGGUGGAUCAAAAAUUAGUGUAAAAGCCACCUAUAGAGAAGAUACAGUUAGAUUCAAAUUUGAGCCUUCUGCAGGGUGUUUCCAAUUGUAUGAAGAAGUUGCAAAAAGGUUCAAAUUGCAAAAUGGAACGUUCCAGCUCAAGUAUCUUGAUGAUGAAGAAGAGUGGGUGAUGCUGGUGACUGACUCCGACUUGCAGGAGUGCAUUGAGAUACUGGAUUAUGUUGGAAAACGAAGUGUGAAGUUCCUUGUUCGUGAUUCAGUUUUUACUAUGGGCAGCUCAGGAAGCAGCAAUUGCUUUUUGGGAGGAAGCUCCUAGCAAUUGACGUGAUGGCUCAACAUAAAAUCUAGCUGAAGCAGUAGCAAUUGCUGUCUUUUGAGUGCUCAUUCUGUUUCCCUAAGUAUGCAUGAUUGUGGUUUCUACUAGAAGUUGAUAUUAUAGUAUGAAGGUUAAAAGAAGAAUUGUAAAAUGGCGAAAUACCUUCCAAAAUUUUACAGAACCAAUCAAAGGAGAAGCCACCUUUGCUUAUGGGGGAGAAUUUACAAUUGAAAGUUCGAAACAGUGAGAAUGAAUGAGCCCCAACUGCAGGAGAUUCUUUCUCUGAUCGGUGAUUAGGAUUUGCAGGGAUGGAGGAAAAGAGAGGAAGAAGAGCAGAUUCAGAAGCUCCAUGGCUGAUUAGAUGUUAAAUAUAUAGGUCUGUACAUGCUAGUUGUAGCAAAAAAAUAUGCUUGUAGCUGUAGAAAUUAUGGAAGCACUGUAUUAUAUUUCUAUGUUGUGCAGUGCCUUAAACCUAGUCUGUGCAGUAAUCUACAUGUUAAUUUGAGAAAAUAGAAAAUAAGUUUUUUUUUUUACCUGCAA